AUGGAGUGGGCGUCGUGUGCAUUGAAACUGGCGUUCCUGUUCGUCGCGCUCUCGUGCAUUCUCCGGAAGUCAAACCAAGCUCUGUUGGCUUCGAUCACCGCGGCGGUCCUUGAAUACGUAGGAAAAAAGGGCGGAAGAAACGCGGAAUCAUGCGAAUCGCCAAGAUCUGCACCGACUUUUGUCACAUUUUCGGGAAGUUACGAAGUUUUCUUGAGUUUCAGAGGGCCAGAUACCCGGAAGGGAUUCACAGAUUGCCUCUUUACCAGCCUCACAGAAAAGGGGAUCCGUGUUUUCAGAGACAAUGAAGAGCUCCCUGUUGGAGGAAAGAUCAAGCCGUCACUCACUGAGGCGAUCAAGCAGUCGAAGAUAGCCAUACCCAUCAUCUCCAAGGAUUAUGCUUCAAGCAAAAGCUGCCUCAUGGAGCUGCAGCAAAUGUUAGAGUGCAGAGAGAACAAAGAGCAAAUGAUCAUUCCCAUAUUCUAUGAUGUCGAUUGCUCUGAUGUAAAACACCUUAAGGGUUCUUUUGGGAAGUCCUUUUAUGAACUUGUUAAGAAUGAGGGAAUUGGUAGAGAGAGGAUCAAUGCGUGGAAGAAGGCUCUCCGAGAUAUUGGAGAAGUAAGAGGGUUGAACUUGGCUGAAAUGAAUGAUGGGCAUCAUGGCAAGCUUAUACAGCUGGUCGUCUCAGAUGUCUUGCAACGAUUAAAGAAGCCUGACCUAGUCGUGACUGAAUAUCUAGUUGGGAUCAACCGUCAUGUAGAAGAGGUUAUGAGGAAGCUUAAUGUUGAUUUUUGUGAUGGACAAGCUGUUGAAACAUUUGGCCACAAGAAAUGUGUUGUUGGAAUAUGUGGUAUGCCUGGGGUUGGCAAAACUACUCUUGCAAAGGUUGUCUACAACCGACUCUACCAUCUCUUUGAUGGUUGUGCCUAUCUCGAGAAUGUUCGAGAAAGAUUCAGCAAUAUGAAGGUUCUCAUUUUUCUUGAUGAUGUGGGUGACCCUGAACAACUUGUUCAGAUUGCGGGUGAGCUUAAGGAUUAUGGUCCUGGAAGCAGAAUUAUUGUGACAUCUAGAAAGCAAGAUGUUCUUACGAAGGUCAAAGUAGCAGAUCAAAAAUACGAGGUUGAGGCAAUGGAAGAAGGUGAAGCUCUUCAACUUUUUUGUAAGCAUGCAUUUGGUAAGGAUUUCGUCAGAGAGAUUGACAAUACUCUUUCGAGUGCCAUUAUAAGAGCUACUGGUGGGCUUCCUUUAGCUCUUGAAGUGGUGGGUUCUUUCUUAUUUUCAAAAUCAAAAGAAGUGUGGGAAGAUACAUUGAAGAAAUUGAAACAUGCUCCUCACAAGAAAGUUGAAAAAGUAUUGAAGAUGUGUUAUGAAGAUUUAGAUGAAAAUCAGAAAAAGAUAUUCCUGUAUAUAGCAUGUUUUUUUAUUGGCAAAGAUAAGAGAAUUGCCAUUUACAUGUGGGAGGACUGUGAAUUUUACCCUCAUGAGGGCAUUGAAGCUCUUCUUGUUAGGUCUUUGGUGAAAGUUGGAGAGAACAACGAGCUGUAG